ACGUCACUUUAUGGCGCCGUUGUUGAUGUUAGGGAUGCUAAAGCUAACUGGCUGCACUCAAUGUUUUUGUCUGACUCGUUCGUGUGGCAUAUAAACGAGAUGAAUUUUAGGUUUUGAGGCAGUGCCACCAGAUUUUGCACAUAGCAUAUUUAGUUUAGGUUUAGAGAGCAGAGGAGAGGAAUACGAGAGCAGGGCCCCUAAUGCAGUCUGCCUCGGAGACUGUGGAGAAUGCCUCCAUCCUGUCAGGUGGCUCGGCACAGGACGGUCAUCGGCUCUGGAUCGGCAACAUUGACCCCAAAAUCACAGAGUACCACCUAGUGAAGCUCCUGGAGAAGUUUGGCAAAGUCAAGCAGUUUGACUUCCUGUUCCAUAAAUCAGGUCCUCUGGAGGGCCAGCCAAGAGGAUACUGCUUCGUCAACUUCCACACCAAAGAGGAGGCUGAACGGGCUAUUCAGUGUCUGAAUGGAAAAUUGGCACUUUCUAAGAAGUUAGUGGUGCGUUGGGCUCAUGCUCAGAAGUUCGAACCCUUCAGAGGAGACAAAAAUGUGCCGGCCAGUUUAGAUCCCUCGUCCAGCGAAGCAGAGGAGAUGCCAACCACACUGAGUGUUAAUGCAAAGAUUCGUGCCAUUGAAGCCAAGCUGCAGAUGAUGGAAGAAAACCCGGAUGACUAUUCCGGACCCUCUGCGUACAUCUACAACAAGCCCCCCGAUAACAGAGACAAGAGGUCCCAGCCCUACCGCAAGCAGUUUCGCAAAUUCAGGAGAUGACCUCUUCAACAACUGGCCAAGUGUCUCUUCACCCAACACGAACAGACUGAGAGAUGUGCGCUGAUGAGCUGUUCUUGUGUCUUGGCCAGCGUGAGACUGUGAUACGUCAUGAGAAGAGCGAGUCCAACACCUUUGAUUUGUAGUGCUGUUCUGUUUCUCGGCCAGCGGAGGAGUAUUUUUACUGAAAGACCGGCUGAUAGAAGCAGAAUCUAACCACAAAAUUCUAGUGAAUUUCGUUUUUUUGAUAUUGAUAUUACCCAACUAAUUUCAGUUUAAAGGGAUUUAUCAGUCAAAAGAUCAAUAUUUUGUCAUCAUUUACUCAUUUAUACUCACUCUCAUAUCAGUUCAAACCUGUAAGAGGAUUUUUUUUGAUAAAUGACUGAUUUUUUUUUUAUAAAAAUGAAAGUGAAUGGGGUCCAAUGUUGUUUGAACCCCAAUAUUCUUCAAAAUAUACUAUUUUGUCGUACAGGUUUGAAACAUCAUGAGGGUUAAUAAAUCAUGACAACUUUCAUUUUUGGCUGAAUUAUCCCUUUAAGAGUUUUUGUACCUUUUCAAUUUACAUCCCUUCCUUGAUAUUCUUCCAGAAUAUAGUGUUUUUGUGUGUUUUUCUUAAUCCACGAAGUAAACUGCCCCAUGUGCUGCUUGCGAACGUUGUUGUGAGUCUUAUGAUCCAAAAUCUACAUACAAAUCAGACUUUACCAUUCUUUGUUACCCUGUUGGAGUCCUAUAUCAAGGAAGCACAAUAUUCUGCAUUGUUUAUUUAACUAUUAUAUCUUGCAUUUUUAAGUCUAAAGAGAUAAGGGCUUUUAUCACAUGACCUGGAGUGGGGCACCACAACAGGACAGUUUGGUUCCAGUGUAAAUAUCCAGGUAUUUUGAUAGAUUUCGCUUCUGUUGUGUUCAAAAAUAAAAGAAAUGGUCCUUGA